UUGUCACUAAUUUUAAGACAUUACAGUCUUAAAGUUUCUAGAUUUACGAGCUAGAUUUAAGAAUUCUCACCAUGCAAACUUUGGUGAACACAUUGGCAGAUGUAUUCAUUUAUUUAUUGUUUGUUGGUGAAAUGAGGAGGAGGACAUGUUGUUAGGGCUGGGACUCGGGGUCACCUCGGUCACGAGUCAAUAAACCGGAAGUGUGCGUGUGCUUAGACAGACGAAAAUGCCGUCAUGAGAAGAGUCGCUCGGUGGUGGAGGCAGCUGGACUGAGAGAAAGUGAAGCAGCAGAGAGUAAAAGAAUCACUGGGAUUCCACCACAUGCCACCGGUGCUCGUAUACCGACGCUACCGUUAGCAGACUGUGUAGCCUGCUAACCGUAGCCGCCACUGGGGAUGGAGAGGAAAAGAGCAGAGCUGCAGUGGGGUAUAAAAAUAAUAAUGUGAGCCAGGGGCGGCGAAGCGGGCAGCAGUGGAGCCGCUGUGGACACACACACAGAUACAGUUAUGUGCUGUGAACGUGACGCCGUGGAGAAAUGGAAAGGGUGGCUUCAGCAGCUAACGCUAUCUAGCCAAUGAGAGCUAGCCGCCGGUCUGUGCUGCUGCAAGUCUCGUGUCCUUCCAAGAUGCACGCGACACCGCGUCGUUCAGAACAGCGCGUGAGAGGAUGAAGGCUGAAGGAUAGCAUCGAGAAGUCAGUGUCCGAAGCGACCCCACGUCCCUUUCCUCCACACUUUCUUAAACCCAACUCUGCACUUUGAUGGAGUUCAUGAACAGUCCUGCUGAUGCUCUUCUGACCCAAAGAGGGGAUGAUUCUCAAAUGUGAAAUAUUAUAUUGAGACUGGAUGUCACCAUCAUACCCAUCAAAGAUCACCGCCUCUGUAGGUUUCUCAGUCUGGUUCCAGCAGUAUUUUUCACGAUCCCGUCCCUUUUUUUUAGCGUGAUUGGGCCAUGGUUCGCAAGAAAGGUUCUCUUAUACUAUGUGGUGCUUUCCUGUUCGUUGCCUGGAAUGCUUUGCUUCUACUUUAUCUUUGGGGUCGCCCUCCCAUCGGCCGCCCCGGAGAAGGCGGGGGAGCCGAACCAGGAGGGAACAGGGAGUGGGAAGCGGCCAAAGGAGCCCAUGCCAACCUGGCCAGCGAGGUGAUUCGGCUAGCGGAGGAGGUGGAAUUUCAACUGGAGACCCAGAAAAAGCUGCUCAAGGAGAUUGAAAGUAACAGAGCAUUGUGGGCUCGGCAGAAGGGCGUGGGCAAAAGACAGGCGGCUGAUGCAAAAGAAGCGAAAGACGACGUUAAACCCCCGCCAUCAAAGCCGCCUCCUCCUCUCAGAGAUAAAGUAGAUGACAAGGCCCAGGCUGUUAUACAGCAUACACAGAAGCCCGUUCACACAGUAGCUCCAGACUCUAACUUAGAACAGCACCAGUCCAAUGAAAUAAAGGAAGAGGUUGUCGAGACGAAUGAUUUACCGACAUCUGCUGCCAGCCCAGGAGUCGUCAUCCCUAUUCUGGUUAUUGCCUGUGACAGGGUGACUGUAAAACGGAGCCUUGACAAGCUGAUACAGUACCGCCCCUCUCCACAACUGCACCCCAUCAUCGUCAGCCAAGACUGCGGCCACGCCGAGACGGCCCGCAUGAUCGGCUCGUACGGCGACCAAGUGACGGGCAUACACCAGCCGGACCUGUCGGACAUCAGAGUCCGCCCGGAGCACAGGAAGUUCCAGGGCUACUAUAAGAUUUCCAGGCAUUACCGCUGGGCUCUCAACCAAGUGUUCAACACCUUUUCCCACUCCGCUGUCGUCAUUGUGGAGGACGACCUGGAGGUGGCACCGGACUUCUUUGAGUAUUUCCGAGCCCUGUACCCGAUAUUGCGCGCCGACCCGACCCUGUGGUGCGUCUCUGCCUGGAACGACAACGGCAGGGACGCCUUGGUGGAUCCGGCCAAGGCUGAGCUCCUCCACAGGACGGACUUCUUUCCCGGACUCGGCUGGAUGCUGCUGAAGGAGAUGUGGGACGAGCUGGAGCCCAAAUGGCCCCUGGCUUUCUGGGACGACUGGAUGCGUCAGCCGGAGCAGCGCAAGGAGCGCUCGUGCAUCCGGCCGGAGAUCUCGCGGACGAUCACCUUUGGCCGUAAAGGCGUGAGUUUAGGUCAAUUCUUUGACCAGUAUCUUCGUUACAUUAAGCUAAACACUCAAUUUGUGCCUUUUACCAAACAAAAUUUGUCUUAUUUGUUGAGAGAGAACUACGAUGAAAUGUUUAUCAAAGAGAUUUACAGCGCACCACUGGUGAAAGUUGAGAAACUGCAACAAGGAGGCAGCUUACAGGGCCCCGGACCGUUCCGGGUGCAGUACUCCAGUCGGGACAGUUUUAAAGUCUUAGCCCGAAAUCUGGGCGUAAUGGACGACUUAAAAUCUGGAGUUCCUCGCACUGGUUACAGGGGCGUGGUCAGUUUCCUGUACCGGGGCAGGAGGGUGUUUCUGGCUCCACCAGAGGGAUGGACGCAGUACGACAUCAGCUGGAGCUGAGAGUCUCAAAUCACACAGUAACAACACGUGAAUUUGGUUGAAGAGGAGAGAGAGCCCGAAUCAGAGGAACUCUCUCUCAGACCAAAGAAAAUCAGCAGAUUCUGUGGUUCAUAAAGAGACUGACGCAGCACGGACGGACGACGCUGCAACACCAGUGGAGCUGCGAGAUCAGGUCUUCACCCGGGCCACCGCGGUGGGGAAGCUUUCUAAAGUCGGGUGCUCGUUCAGGAUCAGUAGAUCCAGAGCCACACAGACCUCACGUGGAGCUCCAACAUGUAGGAAAGGAAGAUCACACCCUUAAAAAAAAAAAAGAGCUACUAUUGGCAACGUGCCUUUUUGUAUGGGCCCACUUUUGUUUGUUUUUAUUUCUGUGAAUAUUGGCCAAAUAUAGACUCAACAUCACACCACACAUGGGAGGUUUGGAGCGGAAGUGUCGAUGAGAAGAAGCCGGCGAGAUGAUACUGCAUAAUGAGGGAGCCACACACAAACAGAGUGAUCAUUAUCCAGAACAAAAGAAAACACAAAGACGUGUGUAAUGUGGGUCACGUGGAAGGAAGGUGCUGAAAUUGACUCGAGACGUUGUUUGCAUUUUUCUGUCUUAAUUAGAAGCAGAGUCGUGCGCAAAAGGAGAACGAGAAAACAUCCGCAGAGUUUUAGGUGGUAAACAAAGGCCGUGUCACAGGCCCGAUGGUUGUCAUUAAAGAAGAAAGGCUUCUUUAUUAGUGAUACUGAGCACACGAGGAAUCACAUGAGAGGCAGAGACGAGAGCAGCUUUGAUCCAGCUCUAACUACACAUGCACCAAACUCUAGAGCUUGGUAAUCAAUACUCAAUUAAUUGCCAACUGUUUUUGAUUUAUUGGUUUCAAUAGUUUUUUUUAAUAAAUCAAACAAGUUCUCAAAUUUUUAUUAACUUCUUAAAUGUUAAUAUUUUCAGGUUUGUUUGUUUUUUGCUCCAUUUAACAAAGAAAUCAUUCAAACUGGAUAAUUUUCAACAUUUUGAGGUUUGUUUGUUUGUUUUUUUUAAAACAACGAUCAACAUUUUUAUGGACCAAAAAACAAAUGGAUUAACGGAAUAAUCGUCAGAUUAAUCGAAUAUGAAAUUAGUUGCAGCCACUGAUACGGAUACUGACGCCACAGCUCUUUUUGUUCUCUUUGAUUUUAUUGUGAAAGGUUCUUCGAGACUGAAAGUGUUCACGUUGCCAAAAUUCUACUUCACUCUGUCCUUAAAGUUCAGUUUUCAGCUUUAGGAAUGUUGUUUGAACGGAAUAAGAACGCAAAGACUAAUGUGAAUAAUAACAUAUUUAUGAUUCCUAACAGCCAUUCAGACCAUGAAUCUGGAUCGGUCUGUGUAUUGGUGACAUCGGAGUCCAAUAUCCAAUCGGUAAAUUUAGUCAAUAUUGUCUCCUGAUGCAGAUAUUGUAUUGAUCUGAUCUCUUGCAUCAGUGUAUCAUCACCAGCUCAUGAUGUCUUUGGGUUGUAAAUGUUGAAUAUCUUCACCUGGGCAAAUGAAAACGAUACAAAUAACAUAUUAUUUCAAGGUGAAGUUCAGCGAAACUUUAAAGGUACAGUGUGUAAAAUUUAGCAACAUUUGAAUGUCCCUCACCCUCGCCCUUACCUUCCAAGUGUGUUGGAGAAUCUAUCUAAUCUGUGUCCGACCCUGCCGCAGAUGUAAAUAUUAAAGGCUCAGUCUGCGGUUAUAUAAAAAAGAAUUAAUAUAAACAUAAAUGCACGCAGUGAUAUCAGGCCCUCACAGCCUUGUCCAAUGGAAAUUUUAUUUUUUAGAUCUAUAUAAUCAUCUUAAACUUCACCAAAUCUUACACAAUGUCCCCAAAAGGGUGAUUUGCUUCACAUGUAGUACUUAAAAUAGAAAUACAACUCAGUUCAAACGACACAGAUAAUUGAACAUGUGACACAUAGAUUAAAUAAAGACAAUAAAUUAGCGUUUCAUAAUUGGUUUAAUAAUCCUUCUGUUACAUCCUGUCGUCGCCCACACGUAGUAACUCCUAGGCCGUUUGUUAUAUCUAGAAAAUUCAAAAACUAUGGACUGGCGAUUUGUCCAGGGAUGUUACCCCGCCUUUCGCCCUAUGUCAGCUUAUGUGGAGGAUAAAGCAGAAGCAGACAGAUGGAUGGAUAUUGGAAAGCAGAGAAAUGGAGCUUCGCGCCCAUAUACUUGUCACGACGGUAGCCCCUCAGGACCUCCACGGAACGACCGUCCAAUCACGGACGAGAUUCACAAGCGCGUUGCACGUUUGUGACAACGUCGGCUUCUCAGCACCGUAAUUCCUAAACAGUUGAAUAACUGCCAGAUAUUAAAAGUGAAAGUUAUCUUGGGGGGAAACAAGGGUCAGAAGCACUCACUCGUUGACACAUUUUCUGACCAUUCUACAGCCAUAAAAUCAAAAAUAUAUACAGGCGACCUGAUUGUCAUUAUGGUCAUAAGAGGGUUAAGUGUCUCUGAAGAGAGACACCGGGUUUAUUCUGUGCUACUGCAGUAAUAUUAUGUUCAUAUCUCUUCUGUACUACAGUCAGGCUGCAGAAAUUAAUAAAUGAAUUCCCAACUAUUUGGUUAACAACAGUUUUGUUUUGACGCGUACUGAGGCCGUCAUGGUUCCAUCUUCAUCAGGGCUCCAGCGAUUAUUCGAUGACUGAAUGAAUCGUCAACUAUUUUGAUAUUUUCAGAUUUUCUCCGCUUCUCAAAUGUGAAAAUGUUCUUGUUUCUUUGCUCCAUAGAACAAAGAAAUCACCAGAAAACAUUAUUUUGUCAAGGUUUGGGAAACAACAACAUUUUCUGGACCAAACAAGUACUCCAUUAAUCAAGAAGAGGAUCAGUUAGUUGCAGUCGGUCUUUGGUUCUCCAGCUCCCUGUGGCUGUGUUCAGAAGGUCGUGGACUCCUCACAUGCGCGUGUGUCUCUUGAACAAACUUUGCGUCUAAACCGGUCUAUUGAAGGAAAUGAUUUAACAUGAAGGAUGAAAUGACGAAACUGUCGAACGCGACGUUCUGAGCUGCGAAUGAGAUUCAGUCAUGAUGUCACUGAUAAUCACUCUGAAGCGUUGUAAUUACAUGACUUCCAAACCGUUGUUUGGUCAACUUAGGUUUGUUGAAGAACCAAUGAUUGUUUUGUUUUGUUUGAUUUUUAUUUGUUUGUGCACCAGAAAGGCUGAGAAAUGAUUAUCACUGUACUGUAAUUAGUGUUGGGAGUUUAUCAGCAGGAUUGAUUGAUUGAUUGAUUGAUUCCCAUGUCUGUAUGGUGAUGUGUAAAACCACUGCCUGAUGUGUUUAUAACUUUAACACAGUAUAAAUAAAAAUCAACUAUUUUGAUAUUUGUC